AUGGGCCCCCAGGUCGAGGCCGCAGCCCUGGCGUCCGCGCUCCUCUCGACGACCGAACACGCCAUAAUUCCCCUCACAGCCGCACAAGUCGCGCAGGGCUCGAAGCUUUUUGGUGCAGCCAUCCUCGACCGCUCGACUCUAGGCACUGUGCUCGCCGAGACCAACAACGAGCGCGAAUCGCCCCUCCUGCACGGCGAAAUCAACUGCAUCCAACAGUUCUUCAGGUUACCAAAGGAUACCCGCCCGGACACAAAGGACUGUAUCUUCUUCGCGACCCACGAACCGUGUUCGCUGUGCCUGAGCGGGAUUACGUGGAGCGGGUUCAACGAGUUCUACUACAUGUUCACGUACGAGGAUAGUCGGGACUUGUUUGCCAUUCCGUACGACAUCGACAUCCUCAAGUCUGUAUACCAGGUCGCGACGCCGGGUGAGUCCGAGGCCGACCUCGCAGCGAAGCCGCUGUACAAUCGGCGGAACAAGUUCUUUACAGCCCGCUCGCUGGCCGAGCUGAUCGACGAGGUGGACGACGAAGCCACGAAAGCGAAGUUGAAGGGCGAGUUGCGCAGGGUGAAGCAGAUGUAUGAUGGGCUGAGUGCUACGUACCAGGAGGGCAAGCAGAGCGGGGCCGAGUCGAGCAGUUUCUUCAAGUGA